AUGGUCUUUGGCGAUGACGGUGUUGCGAAAUUCUUAGAAGUUGUCGGCCUUCUUGUUGAAGAAUACUGUUUCUUUCAUGUGUCCGGUGGUUUGCUUGUCGGCGAUCGACGGGAAGGCGACGAAGUUUACCGAGAAACUGAGGCUGUGCGUAAAAUCACCCGAGGUGGUAACAUCAAGGAGAGCGAAGGGAAGAGUCUCAGAGGAGACGAGGAGUUUGCUAGAGAAGUGGAUGAGGAUGGAGAAAAAUGGGACCGACACGGCGAAGCUUUCUCGUAUCUGCUAGCUCAUCAGACAGAGUUGCAGGAAGAUUUCGAGACCCUUCAAUUGCGAAAAUGGGAGAAACUGUCGAAGAUCGCAGAAGUUUUUGGCAAUACAGGAGAGUGUUAG